CAAUUGACUGUUCCAGCUAUCCAUUCCAAACAGACUGGCACCACCACAGCAUCACAAGUCAAUAUUCUUGAGGGCACCAGCAACAUAGCUAAACAAGGGUCGACAGAUAACACCGUCUUUGACAGACUGUGUUCAGUCUGAAACAAUCAGACAGAAGCAAAGACUUGGACUGAUAAACAUCUACACUGCACAAAGAAGGACAAGACUGCAGUAUUAGUUUGUGAAUAAGACAGAAAGACCACUAACCGAUGAUGCACACUGGUCGCCUACGCUUACGGCCCUGGCUGGAAGAACAAAUUAAGUCUGGCAGAUAUCCUGGGGUCACGUGGCUGGAUGAAGCUGGCCGGGUAUUCCAGAUUCCUUGGAAGCAUGCCGCUCGACACGGUUGGAAUAUAGACAAGGACGCCACUUUGUUCCGAAACUGGGCCAUCCAUACAGGGAAAUACAAACCUGGCAUAGAUAGACCGGAUCCCAAGACAUGGAAAGCCAACUUCCGGUGUGCCCUCAAUUCCCUGCCAGACGUUCAAGAGCUUCGAGACAAGAGCAUCAAGAAAGGCCACAAUGCGUUCAGAGUCUAUAUUCUUCUCCCUAACAGCAAAAUGCCUAAGAGGAAAAAAGACGUGUUUUGGAAGUAUAGAGAGGAGAUCAGAGACGUCUCUUCAGAGAUGCUAACAAAAAAUGCCUACACAACAUUACCGUCAGUAAAAGAAGAGCACUCUGAUACUUACUGCUCUUCUCCAACCACCGGCAGCCUGCCAGCACACGGACCAGAACCAAAUGCAGCAGAAGACAAUGAACAGACAGAAGCAGUGCUAAAGAUAGUAGACCAUCUACAGAACGUGGACCACUGGAGUCCCCUGCAUGAACAUGAAAGAGGCUGGAGACCAGCAAACUCAUGGAUGGAAGGACUUUACGAGUCAAUUGACUGUUCCAGCUAUCCAUUCCAAACAGACUGGCACCACCACAGCAUCACAAGUCAAUAUUCUUGAGGGCACCAGCAACAUAGCUAAACAAAGUAUAUCCCUCCAAAUAAAAUGCAGUCGAAUGAAGAGUAAACACGACUACUGGACACGUCAGAUUUUUUUGACAAGCUAAAAAUAUGAUAAACAUGAAAUGCCUGUUUUUCUUUUUGUUUUGUUAAUAUUAAGUGUGCGAUGUGAAAGCGGGGUCAAAUGUAUCAAGCACAUCUGAACGUUUUGUAAAAACUGAACUGAACUGCUUAAGUAAAGUAUA